AUGUCAUUGAGAAAGUCAGGACUUCAAAAAGAGGUCUUAGCACUCUAUAGACGUGCAUUACGUAUGGUCCGUACCAAACCAGCUUUGACCCAGGCAAAAUUCCUCCUCUUCGUGCGCUACAACUUUCACACACAAGCAUCUUCUGUAUCACCUCGCGAAGUUGCAGCUAUAGAGCACCUUCUCCGUCGUGGUAGAAGGCAACUAGAGAUGUACGAGCAGCCCUCUGUCAAAGACUGUCGGAUAUCACAAGUCAUGAGUGAUUGGGAGCAAAGCCGACGCGGAUCACGGACAACUUCACAUUAA